UCGCACUGGCUCCACUCUUCCCAGAUAAACUUAUUUUGGGUAUGGAGAUCCGUACCAAGGUUGCGGAUUAUGUACACGACAAGAUUGUAGCAUUGCGAAAUAACGCAGAAAAGAAAGGCGAUAUGGAUGGGUAUCAGAACGUGUCCGUCAUCCGCCACAACGCCAUGAAAUACCUACCCAACUUCUUCGAGAAGGGACAGCUGUCAAAAAUGUUCUUCCUCUUUCCGGAUCCCCAUUUUAAAAAGUCGAAGCAGAAAUGGCGCAUUAUCAGCCCGUCUCUCCUAGCCGAAUAUGCAUACUGUUUAAAGGUGGGUGGACUGCUUUACACCAUCACCGAUGUCGUUGAUCUGAACCAAUGGAUGGUCAAGCACUGUACGGAGCAUCCCUUGUUCGAACGGGUGGUAGAUGAGGAUUUGGUUGGUGAUCCGUGCAUCGACAAGGUUACUCACAGCACCGAAGAAGGCAUCAAGGUUGCGAGGCAAGGUGGUGACAACAAAAAGGGCGAGAAGUUCUUGGCCGUGUUUAGGAGAAUAGAUGACCCUUUUUCUGCGUGAUGUCAUUAAAUCAAAAAUAAAACUUUAUAAC